CCACCCACAAACCUGCCUACCUACCUUCAAAAAUACUCCCACCAAAAUGAAAAAAAGAGAUAAAUAAGAAAUAUCUAACAAAAUCCCUCCACAGCCCGUGCCUCCAUCGAAGACGAAUACGCCCGCAAGCUCAUGUCGCUGAGCCGCAAGUCCCUCGGCACGCACGAGAUGGGCAGCCUGCGGGGGUCGCUAGACACCGUGCGAGGGGAGGUCGAGUCGAUGGCGAAGCAGCACGCCGGGAUAGCAGCCCAGAUGAAGAGCGAGCUGGAGGAGCCGUUGGCCGCCUUCGCGGGCGGCAUGAAGGAGCGGCGCAAGAUCGUGCAGAACACGGUCGAGAAGCUGCUCAAGGUCAAGAUACAGCAGACGAAUAUGGUCAACAAGGUGCGUAAUAUCACUAUGGAUAUAUAUGUGUGAGAAAAAUCAAGUAUUCGGAUCCACAGCAACUAACAACCUAUUCCUUCCCCCAGACCCGCGACCGCUAUGAGCAGGAUUGCUUAAAAAUCAAGGGCUACCUCGCCCAAGGGCACAUGGUGAUGGGGCAAGAAGAGCGAAAAAACAAGGCCCGGCUAGAAAAGACACAGAUCAGCCUAGCGACGACAAACACCGAGUACGAGAAUGCGGUCAAGGCUCUCGAGGAGACGACCGCGAGGUGGAAUCGGGAGUGGAAGGCCGCGGCCGACAAGUUCCAGGACCUCGAGGAGGAGAGACUGGACUUCACAAAGAGCAGCCUGUGGACCUUCGCUAACAUCGCAUCGACUGUCUGCGUUAGCGACGAUUCAUCGUGCGAGAAGAUCCGCCUAUCUCUCGAGAAGAUGGAUGUGGAGAACGAUAUCGUGCACUUCAUCACGGAGAAGGGUACGGGCCAGGAGAUCCCGGAUCCCCCCAAGUACAUCAACUUCUGCCGCGGCGACGUGGAGGAUCACCCUUCGGAAGUCUCAGAUGACGACAAUUACUCUGUGGCACAGUUCCCACGAAGCAUCAACCCCGUCUUCCGCACCUCUUCACCGCAGCCAUCUACUUUCGAAUCACACCACGAUCCCAACUCCGCCCUCGCCAGAGACCUAGCCCAUUAUGAGCCUCCCGCGCCUUCUAGCAGGGAGUUAGCCAUAAUGCAGCCACAGAAGGGACAGAGUUCGGCUAUAAUGCAGCAGAGCCGCCGACAGGAGACCGCCAUGCAGCAGCAGCAAUACCCACAAAGUAUUAAUCCUGGAUUCCGUAAUCCAUCUCCCCAGCCAUCUACUUACGAGUCUCAUCACGAUCCUAACUCUAACCUUGCCCGGCAACUCCAACACCGUGGUCUUAAUUCCUCUGUUCCUCGAGAUAUACAAGUCCCCCGAGAGGUACAGGUUCCUCGAGAAAUGCAGGCCCCUCGAGAAAUGCAACGCCACGACCCUGUUAUUCCUCCACUCUCUCGCGAGUUACAACGUCAUGAUCCUAACCCACAUCCCCGAGAAUUACAGCGCCGCGAACCUGACCUUCCGGCUUCCCGUGAUUCCCGAGAUGCGCCACGCUAUGAUCAAGAGCCAUCGAUAGCUCGAGAUAUCCAACGUCAUGACCAUAAUCCAUCUCAUUCCCGAGAUAUACAGCGUCAUAAUCCUAAUCCUUCAAUUUCUCGAGAGAUGCCGCGUCAUGAUCCCAGUCCUUCAUCACGACAUGAGCCUGACCUCUCUCUUAGCAGAGAUCUACAGCGUACUGAUCUCAGUUCUUCCAUCCCACGAGAUCUGCAGCGUAAUGAUCUCAGUUCCUCGAUCCCUCGAGAUAUCCAACGACAUGAACCUAAUCCUUCACCUACCCGAGAACCGCAACGACAUGAGCCUGAGUUGGCUUUGACCAGAAACCCACAACGUUACGAGUAUAUCCCUCCUCCAACCCGAGAACUGGUACGAAAUGAACCUCCACCAUCCUCUAGUAGAGAGCCCGCGGUAUCACCGCAAAAGGCUCCCGAGCCUGUUAAAGCUCCGCAAGAUGAACGAAAAGGAAGUAAUGUGUCACAGUACGAUCCUUCCCAAUUUGCGCCGGUUCCUCACGAGCCUUAUCCUAUGGAUGGAAUGACAAUGCUUUGCCGUACGGAUGGAUUGAACUCGGCAACGAGUUCGAACAUGUCAGCACGGCCAUCAAGUCGCGAAGAUGAAAAUAGUGAUUACUCGGAUCCGACAUCCUUCUCUAGUCAAGAACCACCAAGUGGCAAAAUAUCGCCUACGAAGCAGGAGCCCGUGUCCGCACCGGCACCGGCACCGGCGCCAGCCCCAGUAACAGCGCCAGCCCCGACACCAGCAGCAACGUCAUCUGCACUGGUUGAAAAGCGCAUGAUUAAGAAGAAGAGUGGCUUCUUCCAGAACCAUAGUCCUUUCCGCAGAAAGAGCAUCAAGGAUGUACGACCGCAAAUGUCAAAUAGGAAUACAUGGGGUCCCGUGUCCACUCAGAGUCAGAGCUCUUCUCAGCAAAGCACGCCCAUCGCCCGCCGUGCUCAGGCUUUCCAACAACCACAAUCACAACCUCAGUCUCAGCCUCAGCCUCAGCCUCAGCCUCAGACCCAGAGUGUACUUCCAGAUAGGAUAGAAAAGACAGUGAGUCCGGAACCCAUCGAAGCCAAUGCCAGCUUAGCUUUGAACAUUGGACAAAACGUAUUCGCUGUAGCGAAUACCGACAAGCGCAAGAAGGCUGCCGACGAUGAUGCGCCUCCCAGGGAAGAACAGGAUCCCAUUGCUCUGGCCUUGGCGGAACUAAAGGGUGUCACGGGCAGUAAACAGUCUGCAGGCCGGAUAUCGGCGGACCAUUACCACGGGAUUGCUACGCCUGCUCCGGACCGAGCGCCCGAUAGGUCUCAGCCUAUGCCUCGGCCUGUGCCUGCGCCAAGGGCAAGCACUGAUAUAUCCGCUGCUACAAGAGGUACACCGCCGCCAUCGUACGAUCAGCAAGUACCGGUACAGAGGCUAGGAGUCCCCCCUCCCGCUGUCACAUCCAAGGCAAUGCAAGAAUCGUCGAGGAAAUAUGUAGAGCAAACCAGAGACAUGUUUGGCGCAAAGCGUCCCCAGUCCUCAGCGUACGGUAGCGCACAAUCUUACAGUGCUAGUCCCUCUCGGCCCGCGACCCGAGGUAAUGAUAGCUCUCGCGAAGUUCCUCGUGCUACAUCACCGGCAGCACCUAUCCGCGCUGCGUCCCCGCAACCACCGCCGCAAGCGCAACCACAACCUAUCAGAGUGCAGACAGACACUCGUAGGAGUGACACCCACCGAAGCGAAGCCCGCCGCAGUGAUACCCGUCAAAGCCACCGUUCGGUGUCGCCAAAUCCCUACACCGCCAGCCAGCAGCGGAACUCGCCAGGGGCAGCAUCGCCUAGCUCUUAUGGCGGUAGUAGGAUGCAGAGCUCACCCCAAGCGGCUUCACCCACUACGUAUGGUGGAAGUCAAAUGCGACAUUCACCACAAGCCAGCAUGUCGGUAAAGCGCGACGCGAACCAAAGCUACUUCAGACAUAAUUCACCCAGCAGCUCGAUCCGGGCACCGUCCCCGUCCCCUUACCGAGGCGACUACAGCCGACCCACCAGCCGAGCUAGCGAGAUGGCCAUGCAGCUGGCACCAGUAGGAAAUGACGGAUCCGUGUACGGAUCUACACGUGGACGAGGAAGCAACGGCAGACCGGAAACUAGUUCGAGUUCGCGGGCCAUGACCUUCUAUGACGGUCGAGACCCUGUUGCGGAGAGUUCGAGACAGCGAAGUCAGAGUGUGGUGGACCCGAGUCGUCAGUACACACCAGAUGGCCGUGCCAUCUUACACUAUGCUCGCGCCUUAUAUAUGUACCAAGCGGCAAUCCCAGAGGAGCUUGGAUUUGCCAAAGGCGAUACUCUAGCUGUCCUACGACAUCAAGAUGAUGGAUGGUGGGAGGCUGAGAUCCAUUCAGGACAAGGCGUUGGUAGAGGAGGAUUGGUGCCUAGCAACUAUUUACAAGCUUGUUAGGAGACCAAAGACCUCUCUUCCUCCUAAAGGGGACAUGAAGGUACGAAGGGGCAGGUGUUCCUUUUGUUUGGGUUUGUUCCUGUAAUGAGACAAAGACUGAUGCGGCUCAUGAAAGCUACGUCUAAAGGUUUCGGGGUGAGAUAAUGGGGGGUAUGGGCGUGGAUGGGGAUGGAAGUGACAUGAGGAUAUGGCCGAUACGAUGUGAUGUAAAGUGAUGUGAUGUGGAUAGGGGAAACGAUACGCACAUAUGAUGAGCUGGCAGGCUGGCGACAGGCAGAGGUGGGCCGGUGGUAUCUUUGCUUCAGUUUCUUCUUCAACUCUUUUGCCGUUUUUUGUCCAUAUAGCAGGCAUUGUCAAUGGUUUUGGGUCCAGGAAAGCAUACUGGCCUAUAUUUUGCAUUUUGCAUUUUCCUUGCACCUCUAUUUUCUUCUUCUCUUUACUCAUUGCCUGAUGCCUGGUAGGCAAGGGUUGUUCAUUAUUGUCCAAAAAUUAGGAGUUAAUACCAAAUUGCUUUCAACAUGAAUCGUUUGUAAGUGUAGCUUGCAAAUAGUCGGUACCUAGUAGGGUCGUGAUAUAAGUAAAAGUAAAGUGAACUUGAAGACUGAACCGAAAGAUCAUUGAUAUCAUGAAGCAUUGAAUGAAUAUUCAUUCAAGAUCAAAAAAGUUGAAAAAGUUAAAAAAUGUGUGAUUUAGAUGACUUGGCUCAUAUAUCAUCAAUUGAUGCUUG